GCUAUUUAUCUUUUACGUUUGCUCUUUGUAAUUACACUUGAAAUAAGGUAAAUGAAUAAUUAGACACUUGAGAGAAGUAAGAUCAAUAAUUAGAUACUAAAUAAAAAGAAAAGAAAGGUAGAAAGACUUCAGCUAUAAAGUCAAAUUUUUGGAAAGACAAAGAGCGCAGAAUCUGAGUGUCAAAGGUGCAAGUAAAACGAACAGAUCUACGAUCUAAAUGGCGUCGUUUUGCGCUGUGUGUUGAGACGGCGCGUUUCCUAACCUCAAAUAACAUUGCUUUAAUUAGGAAACUGCAUCAUUUUGUAAUCGCACGUUUCGUACUGUACACGCUUCGAAAUGUCGUACAUGCUAUCGCAUUUGGAAAACGGCUAUCAAGUCGAUCAAGCCAUUCUAUCGGAAGAAGACAGAGUCGUGGUGAUUCGCUUCGGGCACGAUUGGGACCCGAUGUGCAUGAAAAUGGACGAGGUGCUCUAUAAUAUCGCAGAAAAAGUCAAGAACUUUGCCGUUAUUUACUUGGUGGACAUCACAAAAGUGCCAGAUUUCAAUAAGAUGUAUGAAUUGUACGACCCGUGUACAGUAAUGUUCUUCUUUAGAAACAAGCAUAUCAUGAUAGAUUUAGGUACCGGGAAUAAUAACAAGAUAAAUUGGACGUUGGAAGACAAACAGGAAAUGAUCGACAUUAUUGAGACGGUUUACAGAGGUGCUAGGAAAGGUCGAGGUUUAGUUGUUUCUCCUAAAGAUUACUCUACUAAAUAUCGAUAUUAAUUUAGUUAUAAAUUAGAUGUUUUUGUAUUUUGAGGAAAGAUGUUGAGAUAAUAUUUAUUUUAAGGUAAGAAGGUUACAUUGACAAAAGUUAGAAUCUGAUUUUCAAUAAACAAUGCAUUGUAAACUCUGUUGCAACUUAUAUGUUGCGCAUAUCUUAAAAAUAAAUGUAAGCUAGCGUAAA